ACGCGAGGUACUUGAAUGCGGCAUUACCAUGGCGUAUUUGCUUUGGAGUUUCUGAGUUUGUGGGGUAUUUUGCUUUGGUGUCAGAAACGGAGAAAGAGACUGAAGUAUUAUCAGUAGUAAACUGUAACAACGUGGUAGCCAGAUAUGUAUUUUCGUAAUAUUUUCCGCGCACAGUUGGUCGGGACCAGAGCGUGUCUGUUCAACCCGCUGCAGCGUGUUAAUCGAGCCGAGAGAUCACUCUGCACCAAAAGUGAUGAGGUAAAGCUGGCAGAGGAGGCCAGCAAAAGGUACGGCUCUCCAGAUCCAACCAUCUUCUCCAAAGUGAUUGAUAAAAGCAUCCCUGCAGAUAUCAUCUAUGAAGAUGACAAGUGUUUGGCAUUCAGGGAUAUAAGCCCACAGUCCCCUGUUCAUUUCUUGGUUAUUCCAAGGGUCCCUAUUCCUCGAAUAAGUGCAGCUAAAGAUGAUGAUGCUGAGCUCUUGGGACAUUUGUUGGUUGUUGCUAAAAAUGUGGCAAAGCAGGAAUCUCUUAGUGAAGGCUACAGAGUGGUGAUCAAUGAUGGAAAACACGGAUCUCAGUCAGUAUACCACCUUCACAUUCAUGUCCUGGGAGGAAGACAGAUGGCAUGGCCGCCGGGAUAAAAGGCUCACGCAGAACUGUGAAAACGUCUGGAAUCAUCCUUUCAAGAAACCAGAUUUUUCCUUCACUCUUUAAUUAAUUCAAGCCAGUAGUUCAUCAGGCUUUCCAAAGGUCUUUCAAAGUUUUAUUUUUUUACUAGUUUUGACUGUGUUAACACCUAUAAUAAUCAAGCAGGACACAUUGUACAGUAUGCUGAAAUAACCUACCGUUUAGCUACGAGCUCUUUGGAAAUCAGGUUGUUGGGGCAAAAAUACCAAUUUAAUGACUAUCACAACUGCUUUCUUUGUUAUUUUUUGUAUAGACAUGGACAGAACCGAAAACAACCUUUGUCUUGAAACAGACUGCUUGUAAUUAGAUAUAUUGAGCAUAUUAUGUAGUUGAAUCAAUCUCCAAAUGAAAGGAAGCCCAUCAGUAUGAAGAUACCAGCUCUCUUGAUGUCAUAACUUAAAUAAACAUGAUUUGACACCUG